AUGAAAGUGCUAUUCUUCCUCGCUCUUUUCGUUGCGACGAUUUUCGCCGUUAUGGGUCAGAGCUGCCCGGGCAAAUACAAGUGGGAUGCUGGCAAUAAAAUCUGCGUGGCCGAGCGCCCCAUCCAUGGUGAAUGUCCUUCCGGCUCGCAAUACAAUUUGAAUUACAACAAGUGCGUCUAUCGCAAUUAAAUGAUUUUAGUUAGCGGCGUUACUUUCCAUUUUGUCGACAGAUGUUAUGAAUAAGCAUUAAAAAAAAAAUGAAAAGCUGAAA